AUGGAGGAGAAAGCGAAGAGGAUCACGAAUGGAGACGAAGGCAAUCAGAAAGUAGCGUUUUACAAGCUUUUCAGGUUUGCAGAUCGAUACGACAUCAUUUUAAUGGCGGUUGGGACUAUCUCCGCCAUGGCCAACGGCCUAGCUCAGCCGAUUAUGUCAGUACUCAUAGGCAAAAUCAUUAACGUCUUUGGCUUCUCUGAUCAUGAUCACAUGGUUAAAGAAGUCUCCAAGGUUGCUUUGAAGUUUCUUUACCUUGCAGUCUACGCGUGCGUUGUGUCUUUUCUGCGUAAGUCGAAACUCUGUUUUCCUUCUUCACAUUUAGCUCGACCUAACUUGUUCACAAAGCCUUUUCGUUCUUUCGCAGAGGUCUCAUGUUGGAAGGUUGGGAAAUUUGUACCGUUAAUAUCAACAUUCUUUGGUGGAUUCACAGUCGCUUGUAUAAUUGGCAGACGCCUCACAGUAGCUCUUAUUCCAUGCAUUCCAUUGAUCGUGGCCACUGGUGGUGCAAUGGCCUUGAUCAUGUCCAAAAUGGUUGGUCGUGGCCUACACGCUUAUGCGGAAGCUGGAAAUGUAAUAGAACAAGCUGUUGGGUCGAUUAGAACAGUCGUGGCAUUCACCCGAGAGAAACAAGCAACCCAAAAACACGAGAAGAAGGUCGAGAUUGCCUAUAAAUCUAUGGUUCAACAAGGGCUCUUCUCGGGUCUAGGCCUUGGAAUAAUGAUGGUUGUAAGUUAUUGUACAUAUGGUAUUGCCAUUUGGUACGGUGCUUGGCUGAUAAUGGAGAAAGGAUAUACUGGAGGUCAAGUCAUGAACGUUAUUUUCGCAAUUUUGGGUGGAGGAAUGUCGUUGGGGCAGACAUUACCUUCUCUUAACGCUUUCGCGGCUGGACAAGCCGCAGCCUACAAAAUGUUUGAGACUAUAAAAACAAAACCAAAGAUAGAUGCUUAUAGCAUGACUGGUAAGGUUUUGGACGAGAUUAAAGGAGACAUUGAGCUAAAAGACGUGUAUUUUCGAUAUCCAGCAAGACCUGACGUGCAGAUCUUUGCUGGAUUUUCGUUGGUUGUACCAAAUGGCACCACCGUGGCUUUGGUGGGGCAGAGUGGAAGCGGAAAAUCAACAGUGAUCAGUCUGAUUGAGAGGUUCUAUGAUCCGGAAUCAGGAGAAGUUUUAAUUGAUGGAAUUGCUUUAAAGAAGCUUCAGUUAAGAUGGAUCAGAAGCAAGAUUGGUUUAGUAAGCCAAGAGCCUAUACUUUUCGCAACCACAAUCAGGGAGAACAUUGUUUAUGGGAAAGAAGAUGCAUCCGAUGAAGAAAUUAGAACCGCGGUUAAGCUGGCUAAUGCUACUAGGUUUGUCGACAAACUGCCGCAGGUACUUAAACUUUAG